AUAUUUACAACUGAGAUGGCAAUCACUGGGAGGAAGAGGAACCAAAGGUCUCAUCCGGACAUCAGUAAAGGAGAAGCUUCCCUGCGAAUGUCGUCUGACAUGGAGGGGAUCACAGGAAGUAUUCUACUGCUGUGCCUUAUCAGCUUAGCUAAUGCAAAUACCAGUCCUGUAAUCUCCUCUGUUCUUUUCAAUGUGUGUGAAGACAUCCCCAUAGGGCAAACUGCCUUUACUAUACAGGCAACAGACACAGAGAAUGACCCACUGACGUAUGUACUCACUGGGCCCAAUGCUGUAUUCUUCAGUGUUGCCUUAAACACUGGGAUUGUAACAGUUGAGAGAAAACUGGAUAGAGAGAGCGCCGAUGUAAUGCAGCUUGGAGUCGAAGUGUCUGAUGGUAUCAGUGUUACACCAGGACUAUUAACUAUAGUGAUAUUAGAGGCCAACGACAACAAACCCAUAUUUCAGGCAGCUUCAUAUGACGCUGAAGUUGCAGAGAAUACAGCUAUAGGUACAUCUUUGUUUACAGUGCUUGCCACUGAUGCAGACACUGGAACUGCUGGUGUUGUUCAGUACAGCAUUGAUGAAGUUACUCCACCUGAUGGCACCAGUCUGUUCAGCAUUGUGAAAGCAACUGGUGAAGUCAGAUUAGCAGGACAGUUGAAUUAUACUGCAAAGAGCACUUUCUACCGGCUUAAGAUUAGGGCGUUUGAUGGUGUGGCCCAGUGUCAUGGUCAACCUGCAAACUUCUCAAGCUUUGCUUUUUCCUUCAUUACGGUUGUGGAUGUCCCAGACCUUGACCCACAGUUCAUCAAUCUUCCCUAUGUAGGGAGAGUUGAGGAAAAUUCUCCUGUGGGCUCACCUGUGUUUAAAGUGACUGCUAUAGACCAAGACACAGGAGUCAAUGAUGCUAUAAUCUAUACCAUUGAAGAUUCAACUGCUGAUGGCCUGUUUGAAAUUUCAAGAGAUAGUGGCCAAAUAUCUGUGUCUUCAGCCAUUGACAGAGAAGUUACUGGUGAUACUGUUACCCUGACUGUAAAGGCCACUGAGUCCAAGUCAAGCAUCAAUGGGAGGCCAGCCAACACCACAGCAAGUGUACAGAUCAACAUCAUUGACAUCAAUGACAACAAGCCAGAGUUUUACAAGUGUGGCCCAGAGGACUGUGUGAAGGCCACGCAGUUUACAGGAGAGGUCACUGAGCACUCGUUGGGGUCUGUUCCAAUCAACAUGAUGGUCAAAGAUCUCGAUAAGAUUCCCCACACUAUUGAACUAUCCCUGGAGGGACCUGACAAGGACGUGUUUUCUGUGGAACCUUCAUUUAUGUCAUCAGAUAGCUUGGUUCAGCUUCUGGUCAAGCAGCCCGAAGUACUGGAUUUUGAAGAAAAACAGCAAAUGACUCUAGAGGUGGUUGCAGUUGACAAGGAAAAACCCAGCUUCCGCUCCACUGCUUCAGUUACUAUUAACAUCAAGGAUGCCAACGACAACAGCCCCAAGUUCCUCAAUGACACUUACAAGCUGACGGUGGCUGAGCACUCUCCUGUUGGGACAACAGUGGCCACGAUUACUGCAGAGGAUCCUGAUACGAUGGAUCAAGGCAAAAUCACCUACAGACUUCUCCCAGAUAGCAUACUGCCGUAUUUUGACGUGAAGCCAAACACGGGCGUAGUUUACGUGAAAAGUGAAACUCUGCUGGAUCGCGAGAUCCGAUCACUGUAUUCAGCGACUCUGCAGGCCAGAGACACCAGCGGCAAGCCCGGCACCACAGUGCUGGAGAUCACCGUGACUGACAUCAAUGACAAGCAUCCAGUCUUCAACAGAGACUCUUACCUGGUGUUUGUGAAGGAGGGAGCACAGUUUAACAUUAAGAUAGAGGCCACAGAUGUUGAUGACCCCGAAACAGUAAACAGCCAAAUUGUGUAUGGAAUUGUGCCGAGCAAGUACAGUGGUAACUUCAUCAUCGACCCAAGCACUGGUGUGUUGAGAAACAAAGGCGUGCUGGAUCGUGAGGCCCUGGACCCGAAGCUGAACGGGGAGAUCAAAAUCAAUGUGACUGCUACUGACAAAGGAACUCCUCCAUUGUCUUCUGAGGUUACAGUCAUUAUCAAUAUAGAGGAUGUCAAUGACAACACCCCAAGCUUUGAACCCCCCACUUACAAAUUCUCUGUUAAAGAAGGAAAUAAGGGUGCAUUCGUGGGCUCUGUUUACGCUGAGGAUAUGGACCAAACCACAGAGUAUAACCGCAUUUCUUUCAGCAUCAUUGAUGGAAGCUUUGGCAGCUUCAUCAUUCGCACCUUUGCGGAUGGGGAGAAAUACAGGGGAAACAUCACCGUGGAUCCCGACAUUGAGUUGGACUAUGAGAGCCCUCACAAGCAAUUCAGACUGCAGGUAGAAGCAACAGAUCUGGAGCAGAGGAAGGCUGUAGCGAUGGUGGAGGUGGACGUGUUGGACGUGAACGACGAGAGGCCCGAAUUCAAACCGACACCGCCCGUGACGGUGAAAGAGAACACCACCAUCAGUGGGGCUGUUGGGAGUUUCACAGCGCAGGACAAAGACGGAAACCACUCGCUCGUGUACGAGCUGGAAUCCAUCCAGUGCAGAUGCAACGGCUCUAUGAAUCCUUGCAACUGGUUUAUCCUCGAUCCAACAGGGGAGGUCAGACUCAACCCGAAGUACAAGGUGGACUAUGAACUUUGUGACCAGGUGGUGGUGGAGGCUCAGGUGGUGGAUGAGUACACAGAGAAGGGAGAGAACAACAGUGUCACACCAGGACAAAUGGUGAUCAACAUAGAAGACAUAAAUGACAACGCUCCAGAAUUCAUUGCGACCGAUUCAGUGUUUGUUGUGGUAUCAGAAACAGCAAGUAAAGGGACAUCGGUCGCAGGAGUCACUGCUAUAGAUCGUGACACUGGCGUUAACAGGGAGAUGGAGUUUAAAGUAACAAAGGUCCAAUUUGAAGACACCAACAAUCACACCAGCUCCAUCAGGAUGCUGUUUGAGGCCAUAACCACACAGCAAAAGGAUAUUUUUGUUGGGAUUAUUCAAACUACUGAAGCACUUGAACUGUCACUGAAAGGUAAAUAUUUGGUAACAGUAACUGCAAGUGAUAGUGGCGGCUUCUCAAGCAGCACCUGUACUGAGAUUUUCACAGUUGAUGAGUCGUACAGAGUUGAACUUCAGUUUACAAGAUCUGUAGCUGAAGUUGAACAAGAUAAAGAUAAAAUCAUCAGGUCUCUUACUGCUGCCACUAAGGCAGCUGUCUCAGUUUUUGCAAUCAAGAAUGACAGUCCUGAAGCAUCCAGGGCCUCAGAGGUCACUGUGAUGGUGGCAUAUUUUGUCUACACCAACGGGACAGCUCUUACCUCUAAUCAAGUGGAAAAGAUGCUCUCUGAUCCUGAUCAUUUUCCUGAACUGGUAGACCUUGGCCUCAGGUACAUUGGGACGGGUCCUGUGGUCGAGCCGGACACAGAUCCUUUAAAGUACAUCCUGCCGGGGAUGGUGGGAGGCCUCAUCAUCGUGCUGGCUGUCCUCACUAUUUCUCUGUUGUGCACUCGCAGAAACUACAAGAGGAAGCUGAAGGCAGCUAAAGCCAUGAACUCUGCAGCCAUGGUGACGUCUGACAACCAGAAAAGUGGUUCUGUGGUACCUGGAACCAACAAGUACACGAUGGAGGGGGCCAAUCCUGUUCUCAACCUCAACAUUGACACGACCAUGGUCCUAGACUUGGACGAGGAGAGCUCAGAUGUGGACAAAGUCAGCCUCAACUCCCUGGACUACAGUGAAGAAAUGACCAGUCCUGGAAGGGACACAAAAUCUACCAUGCAAUGGAUCCGGGAGGAGGAGGAGGAGGAGGAGGACAGCAGCUCACCAGAGUACAUUGAGCCUCUGGGUGCAGCACUGGCCCAGCGGGGAGAGAAGAAAGACAAGCCCGACAAGGGUUUUGAUAACCCGGCAUUUGACACUACAGACCUGUGAUGGAAAUCAUGAGGAGAGAGGCACCAAGGCCUCAAGUGGACACAUGUUGCUUCUCUGUAAUCAGGCUGACACAAACCAUAAAUCAAACAUAUUUACAAUGUUGCAGGAAGUCUUCACGUAGCCUUCUGUUCUCACCAAUGGUAAUUUAUUACUGAGAUUCUUGUGUGGAUUUUGCACAAGAUUUGUGGUAUCUAAAGUCAUGAGUUUGCUUUGCCUAAACAUUCAAUUCAAGGGAAAACAAAAAGGAAAACCAAAAUGGGAGAUGUAACUCUGUAAAAACUAUAUAACUAUAUAAUACUGUUAUACCACUGCUUUGAUUGCUGAGUUUUUAAAAAUUCAUUUCAAAAAACACAUUUCUUCAGUCCAUUAAAUAUGAAACCACAGCCAGGACACAAUUAGCUUAGUUUAGCAUAGCAUGAUAACUUCAAGCAGGGGAGAGACAGGUAGCCUGGUUCUGUCCAGAGAUGAAAAAAGGAAGAAAUCAGCCUGCCAGCAACUGCGCAAGAACACCUCAAAAAACAAAAAAACAAAAAACAAAAAAACAAAACACCAAUCCAAACAAAAGCAGAUUUGGAGACAGAGUCUAGUUGUUUAUUUUCCAGUCUGUAUGCUGAGAUAAGCUCAGAAAACUAGCUUCAUAUUUACAGAUGAGAGUGGUAUUAAUCUUCUCAUCGGAUAAAAGGCAUACUUCCCUAAAUGUCAAACUCUUAUCUUUGCAUAAAUGCCAUCUAGACUGUCUAUCUGUGGAGAAGCAAACAAAACAAUUGUUUGUUGCACAUGUGAAUCACUUUAUUUUGUUCAUAUAUUAAGCAGUGGUUUAAAAACUGUUUGGUUUGCUUUGAAAGAAACUGUAUUAUAAGUUAUGCCAGGACACAAAUGCAAAUUUUUGUUGCAGCUGAUGCUACUAGAAAGGAAAUUUUUAAAAAGUGGAAAACAAAAGAAUAUUGUAAUAUUGCAUAAUGUCAGUAUGUGAAUGAAAUCUUUAUUUAUGAUUGUGUGUCAGCCUAAAGGUUUAUCCUUGUGCGUGUUUAAUUUGUUAGUAUUUGCUUGGGGUUUGAGAUACUUACUGAAAUAAAAUCUCAUGCAGUGUGACUUUGUAACAAGCAAUGGAUUGAAAAGAUGAUUUCACUGUUUACAGACAUCUAAAUGAAUGUAUCAUAAGUGCAAUCUGUGAAUAAAAUAAUUUUCAAAUGUG